UGUCGACAAGCAACAUGUAAACGUGUGGAGCGUGACAAGGAUGGGAAUAUUCAUUUUAAAAGUUGUUGUUUUCAAAGAGAACCCGAUGUAAAUUAUUUAUGUCCAAGUGUACAUCUCGAUUCGAAGUCGGCUAACUGUUCAAAUCAGCCACAAAGAUGUCGAAAUCUGCCCUACUAACCAUCCAUCAAGUUUUGAGGAGAUGCUUCCAUAGUCUGGAAAACAACCAAAAAUUGUGGAUGAGCGUGGUAGCAGAGUGUAUCCCUCUGAUGGCAUCCCUGGAGAACUUGGCAGAGCAGUCGAGGGCGCUUUCCAACGUCCAGAUCUCCAACACGCCGCUGAAGGACUUUCCACAAGUGGAGGAACUGCUGCGUUUCAAGCUCUCGCAAGCCAUGGACACUGUGUUGUGCAAACUCCACCAAAAUAUUGAUUCAUUGGCGACCAGUCCCGGGUGUACGACGCCACUCGGCCAAAGUCAGCUGGGACUUCUGCUCACCCGCAACGCUAAUGAGGACAAGUGGUGUAGCAAAUGGAUGGCUGUCUGUAUGAAGUAUGGUGUGGUCUCGACUGCUGUCCAGUUGUAUGAGCAGAACACAGAUAGUCUGGAUUUGGUCACUGUAACGGAGCGCUCUGCCACCGUCCCGUCAGUCAUCGACAUGAUGGAGUGGCUCCAUAAUGCCGCGCGUCACUAUCGACAACAAUUCACGAGGAGGAAGAUUCUGCUCCACACACUCAGUUCAUACAACCUCAACCUUUUGGUAUCGGCUACUAAGAGAUGGAAAGACUUGGACACCCCCAGUGCAGAGGAUCAAAUCACAGAUGCACUUUGCAAAGUUUCCUUCUUCAUGGAGUCUGGCUAAGUGGAGAGAAAGCGACGAGUGCAAUGCUUUCACUCUGACAGUCUUGUAAUGGAAUGACUGUGAGCUUCAAAGGAACAAUACAUAAUUGGAGAUUUAUCUUCCAUUCACCAGACAGAUAGUGGUGACUGUUGACAGCAAAAUUAAUCGUUUUUGAAAAAUAAAAACAGAUUGAUUGACACUAUACCAAAACUAAAUAUUUGUUAAUAAUACAGCUCACAAAAGGAUCAAAACAGAGCCAUACUAACAAACUGUUUUUAUUUCAUAGUUCUGACUGAUGAAAACUCAAUCAUGGGUUUUAGAUGACAGGAAAUAAGUAUGUAGAUAAAUUAUAAAACACAAAAUAAGCUAUUUUAGAAGCCUGGGGAUUUUUUUAUUUUUUUAUUUGCUAUGACAAUAGCUUUUUCAGGCACUCGUUUUAAAUACAAGGAAUGUACAGAACACAAGUUUAAACAGAAAUAAAUACAGAAAUUAAGCAAAAUAUUGAUGUUAUCAAGAUAUUUAAAGAGUAAUUUAAUACCUUUUUGUCAUUUUGCUAUUACUUCUUGACAGACAUACUGUUUGCUCUCUACACAUACUCCUUAAGUGGGAGACUGGUAGAUGUGAUGGUUUUGUGUAGAUUUGGUGCAGAAGCAGGUGAAUUAGCAAAGCUGCGGCCCAUGUAGCCCCUGCGGUACCUGCCACCCCUCUCCACGAGGGGGCACGUACUGCUUAACACUGCUCCGCUGAUCAUCAGAAUAACUGCAGAUGCCCAUCCCAGAUAAAUAGCCUGACCCAGCUCUCUUUUGUGCAUCAUGGGCACGUUGGGGUUGUAGAAAUCCUGAAUGACUGUGUUAGCAGUCCAGGAAACGGGAAUGAGAACACAUAGGCCCGUCAGGAUGAAGAGAAUCCCACCAGAGAGUGCGAUGCCCGCCUUGGCUUGUCGAUCGUCCCCGGCGCAGGUGGUGCACUUCAUGCCGCAGCAGGACACGGUGCAGGAAAGCCAGCCCAUGAAAAUGGCCAAACACAUGAGGGCGCGUGCGGCCUGGAUGUCAGGAGGCAAGGCCAGCAUGGAGUCGUAUGUCUUGCAUUGCAUGUGACCAGUGGUCUGGUAGAUGCAGCUCAUCCAGAUGCCCUCCCACUUGAUUUCUGACGUCAGGAUGUUGCUGCCGAUAAAGGCCGAUACCUUCCACUGGGGCAGGGCCGUAACCGCGAUCGCCAUGAUCCAGCCGGUCACAGCGCAGGUGAAGCUGAUCAGUUGCAAGCCGGUGUUCACCAUGGCGACAAGUGAUUCACGAGGAGUAAGAUUCUUUGAAGGAUGAAAUCUCUCUCUUUCUCAGGAUUAAAGUCUUCCAAAGUGUACUUUUUGGGUAUCUAUCUCCACCCAAGUCACUGCUGCUUCUCUCAGCAUCUGCUCACAGGGUCCCCUUCCACCUAGCAUCCAAUUGCUGCAUUAACCAGGAGUAAUCACACCCACUUUCUCCUGGUGAUAGACAUCCGUCUGUUGAAAAGGAUCACAGGGCCACACACUUUCUCCUCCCUCUCAUUCCUGUGCUUGACUCAAUGCAUUAUUGAGUAUGCAGUAGCUGUGCAGCCACCUGUGGCAGCCUUCGGAUGCAGGAUUGAUCUGUGUACAGUGGCAUUGAAGUCCAGCUAGUCUUGAAAUUUAUCUUAGCCCUUUCUUACAGAGUAUUUCAAGUUUAACAAUGGCACUUUAGUACGUAGCUUCACCUUGCUAGCUAAGACUCAUACCUUAUAUCAAGCAAGGUUAAUUCUGCCGUUGGACUGUGUCAGGCCUUUUUUUGGAAGAAAAUAUCCACAUCGUCUUGUAUAUAAUUCCCAUUAAAAAAUAUCUUAAAUAAUAAAGGAACCAACAUAUUUCUUUUCAAAAACAUGGAAGCAAGAGGCCUCAUCCAAUGCUGUUUUAGCGGAGGUGUCGCUGUGCAGACAAAAAGCACUCUGGGAUGCAAGCCUUUAUGAAGCCACUUCAGACUCGGCUUUACCCUGCCCCCUCCUACCAACCGCCUCUGGUGCUAACAGGGCAGUCCAAAAGGGUCCAAACCAGUGUAGCAAUAUCAAGGCGAAUGGCGCAUCAGGUUAUAACCAAGUCUGUCUUCAAAUCUGGGGGAGCAACAGUCAACAUGCCCCCAAAUACAUGGAAGCAGUGGGUGGGAGGAGAGUGUGUGUGUGUGUGUGUGUGUGUGUGUGGCAACAAAAGGGAGGUAGGAACGGAUGGAUGGUUGACACAAAAACAACAUGGGGGAGCCUCUACAAUGGGGAUUACAGUUUCACCCUGUGCCACGCUCCUUUUAAAGGAUAUUUUACAAAACAGCUCUGAAUUGCCUUUUUCGUUGACAACACAAUGAAAGGAUUAAUAACUUUGAAAAUGGUAAAAAGCCAUACAACACAAAGGUCAGCGGUAACGUCAGCUAUUGUACCUAAAAGUCUUUGUUUGACAGAAUGAUACACCCUUGGCUAAUUUUUUAUUUAAUUUUUUAAAUUGUGGCUGAAUUGUUUUUGUUAAAUAUCAAAUAUGAAUGAAGACAUUUAGAACAUCACUCUUGUUUUCUAAAUCAAUAUGCGCUUCUUUGCUGCAUUAUGUAUACUAAACCUUUAUGUGCUAAUGAAUUAAAUACGACAAGAUCUCGG